AUGGAGAUCGAUCCUAGCCGGAGGAACAAAAAGCCCCGCCCUUUGCUAGAAUCUGAGCGCGAGAGGCUAGACGAGUUUAUCGAUUCUAUUCACUACUCAGCAAGAUACUCCGAUGACCAAUUUGAAUACCGUCACGUUCAGCUACCAAAGAACAUGCUAAAAAAAAUUCCCGCCGACUAUUUUGACAGCUCAAAAGGGACACUCAAACUAUUAUGGGAGGAAGAAUGGCGAGCUCUUGGCAUUACUCAGAGUCUGGGAUGGGAACACUACGAGGUUCACGAACCGGAGCCACAUAUUCUUCUGUUCAAACGGCCUCUGAAUUACCAGCCACCAAUUUCACAAUAA